AUGUCUACUCCAACUGUUCCAACUACUACUGCUCCACUUGCUAAGAAAGACUGUCAUUGUGACUUGUUAACUUGGAAAGAUCCUGUUAAGACUGGUAAGGUCUUCGGUACUAUCAUUUUUACUUUACUUGUUCUUAAAACAGUGAACUUGUUCAACAUUUUCUUCCAUUUUGCCUAUAUUGGAUUAUUGGUUUCUGCUAUUCUUGAAUACGUAGGUAAAUUCGUUGUUGGUGAAGGUUUUGUCUCUAAAUACAAGCCUGCUACCAAGACUUAUGCUAAGAAAAUCAAUGAUGAACUUUUACCACACGUUGCUGAAUUCAAUGAAAAAUUUGAAGCUGAAAUUCAAAAGAUCCUCUAUGCUCACGACAUUGAAGCCACCUUAAAGGCUGCAGGUAUUUCUUACAUCUUAUACAAGAUUACCUCCUUGUUUUCUUUAUACACCUUGAUUACUAUUGUUGUUGUCUUGGCUUUCACUGUUCCAGCUGUCUACGUUAGAAACAAGAAGGAAAUUGAUGCUGCUAUUGCUCAAUAUUCUAAGUUAGCCAAAGAAAAGACUGCCGAAUACACUAAAUUGGCUCAAGAUAAGGCUGCUCCACAAUUGGAAGCUUUAGCUGAAAAGACUGGACCAAUUGGUGCCAUGAUUAAGAACUACUUGCCUACUAGAACUGCUGGUUCAACCGUUGGUGAUAACAGAGAUGUCUCUUUUGAAGGUUCUUCAUCAGCUGCUUCUACUGGUGCUUCUACUGGUGCGUCUAAAUUCCCAGAUGUUCCAUCCACGGGCUUAUCUGGCACCCAAGAAUUUGUUGACGAAACAAAGACUACUAUUCCAGAAUCUUUCUAA